ACAUGCGUGUGUGUUGUUGCGUCAGGCCUCCACCACGAAGGGAUAUUCCGAGUUCCCGGGUCACAGAGGGAGGUCAACCACAUCAGAGACGCUUUUGAGAGAGGAGAGGACCCUCUGUCGGACAGCGAGUGUGACCUGGACUCUGUGGCCGGUGUGUUGAAGCUCUACUUCAGGGGCCUUGAGCCUCCCCUCUUCCCCUACGACAGCUACUCCCAGCUACUGGAGUGUGUCCAGAUCGAAGGCGUGUCGGAGAAAGACGCCCAGAUCAAAGCCGUCAUCUCCACGUUCCCGCGGCCGCUCCUCAUCGUGAUGCGCUACCUGUUCGCGUUCCUCCAUCACGUGUCUCAGUACAGCGACGAGAACAUGAUGCAGCCCUACAACCUGGCCGUGUGCUUCGGGCCCAGCCUGCUGAGGGGGCUGGACUCCGACGACGCCGUCGCCCAGCAACCGCAGGUCAACGACCUGGUCAAGACCAUGAUCCUCCAGCACGACGGCAUCUACCCCGGCCAAUCGGAGCUGCCGGGCCCCGUCUACGAGAAGCACAUGACCCUGGAGCAGGAGUACUGUGAACCAAUCACAGAGGAGGGAGACGGAGAGGCGGAGCAUCUGCCCAGUGAGGACGAGUGGGAGGCGGUGGCCAUGUUUGACUACUCGGCGAGGUCUCUGGCGGAGCUGUCCUUCAAGCAAGGGGAGCUGCUCAUCCUGCACAGCAAGGCCUCCUGUGAUUGGUGGAGAGGCGAAGUGGGCGGGGUUAAGGGUCUCAUCCCUCACAAGUACAUCAGCGUGCUGGAAGGAUCAGAGCGAGGAGGGAAGAGAGAGGACGGAGGAGGAGGAGGAGGAGGAGGAGGAGGAGGAGGCGGCAGCACUGGAAACCUAACGACAGAUGAUCCACAGAUGGAGAACACAACCCGGAUGCGGGUGAACAGCGACAGCGCCUCGUUGCCAGGGAGACAGAGAGGGAGCGACGGGAGCGCCGGUCAAAAGCCGCCGACGUCUCCCGCCACGCGACACCUGCCCGUGUCUCAGGAGCGAAGGCACACGCUGGACACGGUGCGGCAGGCCGGCUUCAGGCCGGACAGACCGGCCUCUGGCCAGGCCGACAAACCGGCCGCGGACAAGGACAUGAUCAGCCGUCAGAUGAACUCGGUGUUCAAGGAGCUCUUGUCUCGCCAGCCGCCGCCCCCCCCCCCUCUCGUCUUCGGCCUCAGAGGACGGACCCUGUUCCGGCCGGUGGACUAA